GAAACCAGUGGAGUGAACUUGGUUCGUUGAUAAAUAUCCCAUUUUCGUUCUCUUUCUUUUCGGCGUAAUCGAGGACAAAAUUAUCGGUGAAAAAUUAUCUCUUAGGUUCUUAAAAAACGGGAAAAAAAUGCGGGAAAUUGUGCACGUGCAGAUAGGUCAAUGUGGAAAUGGUAUUGGCGCAAAGUUUUGGGAGGUGAUCGCGGACGAGCACGGUCUGACUCCGGACGGAAUUUUUCAAGGGGAAUCCGAUCUUCAAUCGCAACGAUUAAACGUAUAUUUCGUCGAAGGGCGAGAUAAAAAGUACGUCCCGAGAGCUAUUCUGGUCGAUCUCGAUCCGUCAAGCGUGAACAACGUUUUGUCCGGUGCAUGGGGGAAAAUGUUCAAGCCUGACAACGUUGCCGUAGGUAAAGCUGGAACAGGGAACAAUUGGGCAAGAGGUUACUACACGGAAGGAGCGGAAUUGGUCAGCAUCGCGUUGGAUCUGAUUCGCACGGAAGCCGAAGCCUGCGAUCUGAUUCAAGGAAUUCAACUCGUUCACUCGUUGGGCGGCGGAAGCGGCGGCGGGAUGACCUCGUUGCUAAUGACCAAACUCAAGGAGGAAUAUCCGGAGACGAUCAUCAAAUCUUAUUGCGUGAUACCGUACUCGUCGAUGCCGACCGUGGUGGUGGAACCGUACAACGCAAUAUUGACACUCGUCAAAGCGAUCGAUUGCACCGAUCAAACGUUUUGCGUGGACAAUCAAGCGAUGCACCACAUCUGUACCAACGUUCUAAAGCUCACCACGCCAACCUUCACCGACACUAAUCGUUUAAUAUCCAAUUACAUGUCUGGCAUCACGACCUGCUUCAGAUUUCCCGGCCAAUUAAAUACCGAUCUGAGAAAGUUAUUGGUCAACUUGGUACCAUUCCCGAGGCUUCACUUCUUCAUUCCCGGCUACGCGCCCCUAUACUCCCGAAGCUCUGCCCCCUACAUAAAAGUAGACGUUCCAGAAUUGACCAAGCAGUUGUUCCACGCGAACAGCAUGUUCGUCUACUGCGACCCGACCAAGGCCAAGUUUCUCACCGUGGCCGUCAUAUUCAGAGGCAGGAUGUCGACCAAGUUCGUGGACGAGCAAAUGUUGAAUAUACGAAGCAAAAACAGCCCGCAUUUCAUCGAAUGGAUACCGAACAACAUACAAACCGCGAUAUGCGAUAUCCCCCCUCGAGGAAUCAAUAUGAGCGCCAGCAUGAUAUCCAACUCGACGGCGAUACAGAGGCCUAUCAAAAGGCUAAUGUCCGCGUUUGAUAAUAUGUUGAAGAAACGUGCGUAUCUGCAUUGGUAUACGAACGAAGGAAUGGACGAAAGCGAGUUUACCGAAUCUUAUUCCACUAUGUAUAAUCUGUUAUUCGAGUAUCAACAACACCAGGAAGCGGUUGCCGAUACUGACAUCUUUGACGAGUCGAUGGAAUACGACGAGGAGGAAUGA